AUGGACAGUCUUGCGGUGGAAUUCAACACCGCAGCUGCCAGUGGCGGUGCUGCUGGUGUUCUUGCAGAGCCCGCCGCAGGUUCCGGUUUGGCUGUGAGAGUUGGAACUGAGAAGAUGCUUCCCGGCUCCUACACACUUGUUAUAUCUGGGGAAGGCUCUCGAAACGGCACAUGCAACCCAUCGUCAACGACUGUUUGCGUUAUGCAGCCGGGUCUGAUAUCCUCCUCUCAGCAGACCAUGCUCGCUGGCAAGAUGGUCUACGAGCUUGUAGACCCGACCAAGCCCGCCUCCAAGGUAGCUUCCGCUGCCGAGUUGCCAACCGGCAAUCUUGCUCUACUGAAUGGCUCCACACAGCUUCUUCUCAACACAACGGAUGGCCAACCUCAGGAUAAGGCAAUGCUGCUUGGGGGGUCGUUCGCUAGCCAACAUACCGUCGCAAGCAACGUGUACAAAGCAUCAGACCACAAGGCCUCAGGACUAUUGGCAAGGGAGAUUCCUACAAGGACUUUGAUGGAAAGAUCGCGCAAGACCCGGAGGCCUAAGAGGCCGGUUAGGAACAUUACCUUGAACAUGGAUCACGAUAAGGAAGAUGAAAACCACAGCGAGUUACUCCAGACCACACCUCUGAUUUGGAUCUUUGCAGCUCUUGCCAUAGGUAUAGUUGCUUAG